AUGGGGAUAGCUGACGACUGCUUUCGUGUGCUAAUCGAUAACAAAAGUCUUCGAACGGAUCAGAUUCAUGAACUUUUAACUAAAAUAAAGACUCAUGUCAUCAAAGAGGGCAUCUCAACACUUAACCUCGAUGCCAUAAUUGGGUUUUUGUGCGAAACUUUAUCUAUAUCGAUCUCAACAAAGAUUCUGCUGAUAAAAGAUGCUCUUCUACCAAAUGGCAAGGUUCCGAGGUCUACCAUUUACGCAAUUCUCAGACGUCUUGGAGUAAGAUCGCUAUCCACCCCAAAUAAAUCAGAAACUCCAAGGGCAUUGCAAACGGAACUAUGCCAAUGGCUUGUUCACGUUUACAUUUACAUGCAAGAUGUCACUGUUUUCGAAGAUACUUAUUCACACUGGCUUCAGUUGUGGCAACUAGACUACCUACAGCAGUGGAUAACUUAUCUGCUCUUUUGGUCAACCACGAAGCCGCUCGUGAAACCAUGGCGCAUGCAAUUAAUCACCAAGAUAGCCGACAACACUGGGUAUUCAAAUGCAAAAGCUUGCGCUACUCUACUUCUGGAGAAGUUUCACUGUCUAGUGCCUAACAGACAAAUCAACGAUGCAAUCGAGCAUUUGAACUGCAACAAGCGAAGGCUCAACACGCUUAAGCGUCAAGUCUGGGACUUGGAAUUUAUGUCGAAAUGGGCAUCUAUAGUUGAACACUCACAUGGAGUUUCCCAAUCAACUCUUCAGAACUUAGUGCAAGAACUCGACAACCAAUUAGCCAAUUGUUCACAGCAAGAUAUCCCCUCCAUUAAGAGAAAAUCAUUAACCAAGAUUGCAGUCCAUAAUAUUGGCACGCUUGAACGACUGGCAGCCUCAUUUGAACUCCUUACGUUACCAAACGACCUGGAGGAGCUGUUCAGAAAUAGUGAUGAAAGCUCUCUCGUUUUUCUCGCUACCUUAGAUCCCCACCACAAGUUUUGGAGUCGCGUGUCAGAAUGGACCAGACUGAAAUUUUAUACGGCUUCAAUUCAUGCUAAUAUGGUGAGCUACCGCCAGUCCAUUAUCAGGCCGCUGUUGGUUGCCGAAUUGCUAAACCCACAACCUUCUACAUUACAACAUAUUUCAAACAUCAGCUGGAUUGACGACCUUAGAGAAUUUAUGCUUCAUAAAACGGGUACACCUGAAUUGGACAGCCUUGAAAAGCUGAAAGGUCUUAGACUAGCCCCAAAUUUCGAGACAGGACAUUUCUAUAACAGGUGCAGAACCCUAUUGUAUCGAAUUCAUGUACUGAACAAGAGGCGGCAGAUUAAUCCGGAAAUCUUCCGUCUUCUUAAGUUUAUCAUAUCCUGCAUUGCUGAACACUCAUCAAAGCACAUUGGUAACAGACAUUUGACUACCACCUCGAGGCUUCUAGUGAUAGUAUUAUGCGAGUUGGCAUGCUAUGAUAAUGACAAGAGGUUCUUUGAGAUAUGCCUUCUGCCACAAGCGGCAUUAGACUCGAUGAUGAUAUCCUCUGAUCCUGUUGUGCUAAACACCGUUUGCUCCUACCUUUCGUCUAAAUCUGUGAUGAAAGGGCUAUGUGAUGAAAAGUCGAUAGCCGAAGCGCGCAACAAAAGUAUUCUUGAUCUCAUCAAUUAUCUCUGGCGGAACAAGCUAGGGCACGGUCUACCUACAUUUAAAAUCCCCGAAGAUUUUAUAAGACGCAUUUUAGAAGUACCAGGUUCAGAUCUCCCAAAUGCAGAAUUGGAAUUGAUGUUCGGUAUUUUAAAUAUACCAGCGCUUGCUUUCCCUGCCCGAGUCGCCCUUGAGGGCCUAGAGGAUGCACUAACCAGUAGAGUUCACUUCAAUCAAAGGUUAAGCGAAAAGUCGUAUUCGGAUUUCACACAGGCUCACCCUGGAGAUUGGUUGGAUACGAUUUCUUCUUUUCAUGAACUAAAGCUUGCGAUACUUGGCAAAUUAAGACAUCAUGAUGCAUACGGCGGAAUUGCGAAAUUCUUGUAUAUUUAUUUGCACGAUAUCACAGAUAGCGGUUCAUCUUGA